UUCUCGUUCAUUUCGGAGUCAGAGUCAGAGUCGGAGUCGGUUUCGGAUUCGGGUUCGGAUUUCUCGGUUCGAGUGCAUCCACAUCCACACACUUACGGUUGUUGUUGUUGUGUCGCGCUGUGUGCUCCAGUUGCAGUUUUGCGGGAGAUGGCCGAAACUCUUAGUACGGCGGCCAGCAGUAUGGAGCUGGCCUUGAAGGACACCAGCCCGUCAGUUGGUGGUGGCAUUAUUGUGGACAUGACGCCCACCACAGCGGCCUUGCUACAUCAUAACGCAAUGGCAUUGCGUAGCCUCAAGGAGGCGGCCUCAUCCGCCUCCGCCUCGGAGUCGGAGCUACAGGAGCCACGCUCACCGACGCCCACGCCCACGAAUCUCAGCACCGGGCCACAUUCGCCGCCCAUGACGUUCCGCUGCGAGCGUUGCGAUAGCUUUGAGACCAGCUCACGUGCCUCCCUGCUGCUCCAUGUGGUCCAGUGUCUGGCGGGUCAGGCCGCGGCGGCGGCAGCUGUGGCGGCGCGCCUCAAGAGCGAGGACAUGCGCGGCGAGGAGCCGGAGAACAUGAGCCUGGGUCACAUGGAGGGUGGCGUCAAGGGGGAGACGGGCAACGGUUCCAGCUCCUCGGCUAGCUCCUCGCCAGCGGGCAACAGCGGUGGCGGAGGCGGUGGCAGCGGUGGUGGCGGCAACAGCAGCUCCCGCAAGGUCUUCGAGUGCGAUGUCUGCAACAUGAAGUUCUCCAAUGGCGCCAAUAUGCGACGCCACAAGAUGCGGCACACGGGCGUGAAGCCCUACGAGUGCCGGGUGUGCCAGAAGCGAUUCUUCCGGAAGGAUCACUUGGCGGAGCACUUUACCACGCACACAAAGACGCUGCCGUACCACUGCCCGAUCUGCAACAGGGGCUUCCAGCGCCAGAUCGCAAUGCGUGCCCACUUCCAGAACGAGCAUGUGGGUCAGCAUGACCUGGUAAAGACGUGUCCACUGUGCAGCUACCGGGCAGGCUCCAUGAAGUCCCUGCGGAUCCACUUCUUCAACCGGCACGGCAUCGAUCUGGAUAACCCCGGACCGGGUGGUACUUCCUCCCUGCUUCUGGCUCUCGAAUCACAGGCCUCGGCGGCUGCGGCAGCAGCAGCGGCCAGCUACGUUCCACCAGGACUCAGUCCUGUACCGGUGCAAUCUCAAUCUCAGCAACAGCAGCAGCAGCAGCAGCAGCAUCAGCCGCCUCAGGUGGCGCCGCCGGCCAGCGACAGCGGGGAAUCGAUGCGAUCCCUGGAGAAUGCCACGCCCCCGAUGCACUUCCUCACGCCGCAUGUGGAGAUCUCGACGCUGGGCGAAAGCGGCAAUACGGAGCUGUUUAAUCUGAUUUGCGUUUGGCGUGAAUCUGCAUUACAGGGAAACAACAACAACAACAAUAACAACUGUGUUACCAACAACAACAACAAUAUAAGCGGGAGCAACAACAACAACAACAGCAGCAAUAAUAACAACAGUAACUCGAUUAGCAAUGGAAAUAGCAUCGAGUCCAAUGGCGAGAAGGUGAAAGAUCGCGCCCUGAUCAUGCAAUCCCCAGUGGAGUUGCCCAUGGAUUGCAACACAAAGGCCACACCCAUCACGUCCAGCACCACAGCCUCCAGCCUGAGUGCGAGUCUCAAGAGCCACCAUCAUCCGCACCACCAGCAUCCACAUCCGCACCACCACCAUCUCCACGAGAAUCACAUAACGCCGUCGAUCAGUCUGAUACCCAUCAAACAGGAGCCCAUGGCCGAGGAUGUGGACAAGAAGGACCUGAUGAAUGGCAGUGAUCCCAGCAGCGAUACUGAGCAGGCUUCCAACAACAAUAACAACAACAGCAGCAACAACAACAACAGAAUCACCUCAUUGAUCAAGGUCUCGCCACUGAAGUCGCUCCUGCGCGAGGAUCUUAAGCGACGCAUCUGCGCCAAGGCCAACAACCGGAUCACCCGGAAUGCCACACCUUUGGAGAGUAGCAACAACAAUAACAACAAUAGUGUGCUGUCCAACAGCCUCAGCAAUGGCUCCGGAACAGGAUCCGGUGGUGUAAAUGGCGGCACUGGAGGCGCUGGAUCAGGAGGUGGCAGCGGUGGUCCACCCGCGCCCGCAACUCCAAAUGCCAGCAAUGGCGCCAAUUCGACGCCCAUUUGCAAUGGAACGAUCACGUCGACCGGCCAGGAUGGCGAUCUUAUGCUCAACCGCAAACUGAUCCUCACCUGCCACUUCUGUGGAAUCGAAUUCCCCGACGAGACGCUGUACUUCCUGCACAAGGGCUGCCACUGUGAGAGCAAUCCGUGGCGUUGCAACAUCUGCGGCGAGCAGAUGAACAAUGUCUACGAGUUCAAUGCGCAUCUGCUUAGCAAGAGCCACCAAUAGCAGCCACAGUUGGCCGGCAAGUAGGAGUUGGAGAUGGAUGCAUAGCCAGCUUGCCGGCCCAGGAUCCGGAGGAUAGGAUCGAGACGUAAUGAGGAGCUCGGGUGUAUUGCAUACCCGGCGAAUCAACAGAUUCAGAAUAUUUACUUAGCUCAAUUUUGAGAGAUUUUCCACAACCAGGCACACAGUUAAGCUCAGAGCAAAUUAUACACUUACCAUCUAGUUCUACGUUUACACUUAUGUCUACGUUACAUAUAUAUAUAUAUAUAUGCACACAGAUAUAUAUAUAUAUAUAUAUAUAUACAUAUAUAGUUAGUUAGAGAUAACUCAUCAUAUUUUUAUGAUCUGCAUGCAGAGAGUACGAAUGAUCAAAUGAGAGCUACGUAGUUACCUAAUCCCUUAACGAGUCGAUGGACGUAAAUACCUUCCCGGAGAGACAAGGAGAGAACCCUGUUAUGUAGUCUUAUAUUAUGCCUUAGGUUCGUAGUUUAGUCCUUAAGUACUUGGCAAUAAUUUCCAGCCGGUUCAACUGGCCCGCAACCAGCAACCAACUUACGUUAGUAAGUCCGCUUAAGUCGGUUUUAGUGCAUUAUACAUACAUAAAAACAUAUAUUAGCUAAGGCUCGCCUCAAAGGUGGCAAUUUAUGGUUUUAGAGUCGUCUCUUCCCUCUAUCCCACAACACUCACUCACACACCACAUAUAGAUACAUCAGAUAUAUAUAUAUAUAGUAUAUAUAUAUAUACGCCUAUACAGUUUCAGCGAAGGGCUUUAAAUUUGUUAUGUUUUCAGAGUUUAAUGCGACAAGGCAGCAAGUUUAAUUAAACGCUUUAAAGCGGAUAUAAAUCGAGAAGCUAUAUCUAUAUACAAGCGAAUGUUACAUAUACAAGAAUAUAGCCAGGAUAUAUACAAACAUACACACACUCUCUACCCCCCUCACAUGGGGGAUCGUUUCAAAAGGCGCUCAAAAGUGUGUAGCAUGCUUUCGGGGGCACUUUCAAACGAUUUCAAAUCACCGAGAUACAGAUACACAGAUACACAGAUACAGAUACAGAUUCUUUUAGCUUAGCAAAGAGGUUAUCGAAUUAUGAAUUCAAUUAUAAUAUACUCGUACCUUUCACAUACAUACAUAGCUCCUAGUUUCAAAUUCGAACUUAUAUCUAACACAAUAACACACUCCCAGAAAUUUGUGGGCAAAACCUUUCGAAUAUUCGCACAGUGCUGCUCGUCAGUUUGCAUACAACACAGAGAGCGAAGCAUAGGAAAAUUUUACAGAAACAAAAACGAGUUAGAGAUGGAAAGCAACAAGACAAAAACAAAUGCAAAAAUUACAAUUGUGAUACGAAAUUGUUGUAAAUAAUUGGUAAAAUCGAAAUAUGAGUAAAGGGAACUUUAUUGUUUAGACAAGAACUAUGCCUUAGAUGCCUAUGAUAUAGCAUUACAUACAUAUAUAUUACUGAUAUCUACACAUCUGCGAUGAUGAUGCGAGCGAUCACUGUACAAAAAAACAAAAGAAAAACAAAGCAAAACUGGACGAUGACGUAGGAGGAGCUGUUGAUUAUAUAGUAUAGUUAACUUUAGUGUAAAUCAAAAUUGCGACAAGUGCCCUUUUCCCCCCUCUAUUCCUUGGAAUCCCCAUUUCCCCCUUUUGCUGACUUCACGGGUUGUAUGCAGAGCCAGCAAGGCGCGCCCACUGUGCGCCACAAAAAAAAAGAGAAAACAAUUUUUACUUCAGAUUAACAUCCGUCCAUGAUGUUCACAAAACAAAAUUCUAGGGCUAAUAGCGAAAAUAACAAAACACACUUGUAUCCAUUAAUUACGUAUGUAAAAAGUAGCAGCAGGAAGCGAGAGGAUGCAACACCCCUUAAUUAAUUCUUCUACUACAUCUUCUUUGGUUGUUAUUGAUCUGUAAUUUUUAGGUAGCUUUAAUUCUUAGUCGAAGGUUUUUGUUAAUAUCAUUUUGUUGUUCAUCAUACCCCCACCCCAACCCCUUCCGUUGGCAGCACAUAUUUGCACAUUAUGUACAUUACGUUCCCCAGACCUUGUUCUAAUUAAUACAUAUAUUAAUAAUUGAAUUAAUUAGUUAGGGUAAUUUACCAACCCUUUCCCCAAGACCUUAUUUGCUCUAUCUAGCCAAUUCAAGCGAUGUAAAAAAUGGUUUGUUGUGUUCAGUUAAUAUAUAUAUUUACCACUUACUUACUUACUUACUUAUUUACUUGGUAAUAUAUUCUAGGGCGUAAAUUUGUUUUUGUUUUUUAUACGCAUAAACACGCAUCAUAUACACAUUAUGAAAAAUGAAAACUUUGUUAUUAAAACUCUAGCGCCUCAAGCUGUUAUACGAAUCAAUCCAUUUCAAAAUCAAACAAAAAAUAAAAACAACACAAAAACAAGGCGUAUAACGUUGAAUGUAACAAUUGAGCAAUUUUUAGCUGAACUUUCAUGUUAAAUUUUAAUAGAAUUAAAGCGAUAACAGAAUCGAAAGAUAAAAACAAAGCAAAAAAGAAGAAGGAAAACACCAAAUGGAUUAAGAACAGAAACAAAACAUUUACUUAAUUAGUGAUUAUAAUUCUAGCUACAAACAACAACAACA